UUCCGGUAGUUUGGUCCCACUAUAGGUCGGUUUGAGUUGAAAAUUUUCAAAAUCAGACUGAACAUUCCGAAAUAUCAUUGUAAACUACCACAUAAGUCGCUCGUCUUAAACUUAAUAAAAGUUUUACAUUCUGAUAUUUCAAUUUUUUUACCACUAUUGAGAAGUUUUCAUCCCAAGGGUAUUUCGGCCAUUAGGAUAUAAAACUGUAUAGUAACUGGGACAAAAUUAUAUAGUUGUAAUAAAUAACGAAGGCUAACCGCCGCCGCCCUCGCGUAUCUCCCCCCUUUCCCUCGGCGUAAAAGAAAAUCUCCCGGUCUCUCGUCUCCUCCGCUCCUUGCGCCAUCUCGCCGCCGAUCUCCAUCGGGCGAGCAGAGCAGAGCAGGGGAUCCUGAUCUGGAAGAAGCUCCUUCUCUUAAUUUCAGAGCCUUAAAACCUUAAUACGAGUAACAGUUUGUUGUUUGUUCAUCCAAAAGUUUGGGGUUGAACUGAAUCCCCAUGCCCUCACCUGGUACUAAUAGCAGCAGCAGCUUCUGUUUAGGAGGAGGCUAGGAAAAAAAAAAGGAGGAUUUUUUUUUUGUUUUUUUGCGGGGGUUCAGCUGAACAACCCCCAUGCAUCACGUUAGGUCCGGGCUGGGAAGCCCAGAUGCUUCCAGCAAUUCUAGUAAGCGGAAGAGGGGCUCCUGCUUCGCGGAGCGGAAUAUGGAUGGUAGGAAUUCGAUCCGGAUAAAGCCCGACGUCAGCGUCAGAGCGCGGGAGAAAUGCGGCGGGGGUGGCGGGCAUCGCUACGUGAUCGAUUUGGAGAAGCCGGCGACGUCCGACGAUGAUGUGGAGUUUGUUUCUUAUGCCGGGUUUGGCAACCGGUCUCAGGACCGCUGCUAUGCUUCGGCGGAGAAUUGCUCGACCGCGGUAUCCAGUCAGCUCUGUGUGGAGCGGAAUGCUUCGCGUGUAAGCCCUGGUUCAGUUGGUUCGAGUGAUACUCUGGACUGCCAGUCACCUAUCAAGCCUGAUAAUUCAGAAUCCAGGCAUUUGCUGAUCGACCUGAAUGUACCUCAAGAAGAAAGUCUACAUGUUUUCUAUGCUCCAUCUCAAAUAACUUGUCCAACUUUAGUUAAUUCUUCGUCAUCACACCCUGGAGAAUUUUGGAAUGGCUCCAGCAAUGUUUACAAAAAGGAAUGUGGUUCUGGUGUUGGAUCAUCAAAAGGAUCUUCCAUUACGGUGGUUGCACCCAGCUCUGCUCCUGAUAGUUCGAGGGAAGUUGUGGCUGCAUACCAAUUUCAUGAUCCUAAGAAUUUGCAUGGUAAUAUACAUGCAAGAGAAAACAGCCAGCAUGAACAUGCAGUGGAUAAGUUAUGUGGAUCAAGCAGUCAAUAUUUCUUGCCACAGCAAAGAUUUUCUGUCAGUUCCUGUGGCAGAAAUGACUCAUCUUUGGCCUUACAAAAAUCAGGUGACAACCAUGUUGCCUGCCAAUCAGGACAACCACCUCUGGCUGUGCAUACUGAGCUCCAACAUGACACUUCUAUUGUAAUAUCCAGUGGUGAAGAGAAGGUCCUUUUUGACCUUAAUGUGCCAGCUGAAAGCAUUGACAUGGAAUCAACAAUAACCAGUAAUAGUUUUAGAGAUAAGCUAGUGAAAAAUGAUGGAAGUGAAGAAACAGUAACCGAUCAUUCUUUCUCCAAGAGAAACGGUGUGCAUGCUGAAACUUCUAUAGAAGAACGAACUGUUGGAGAACAUCAUAUAUCAGUCAGCAAGGAUGGAAACACCACAUUUUUCCAAGAAUCAAUAAAUAAUGAAAUUGAUAAGGCGCAGUCUUCAGACCUUAUAAGUGUUAGCAGCAAACAUUUGAUUGCAGAAACUCCUCAUGUUGACAAUAUUGUGUGUCCAGAACUGCGAGCAUCUCCUGAUGGAGCAUCAAGUCCUCAAGAGACCUUGAUAGGCAAUUGUGACAAAAUGGUUUGUAUUGCAGCUGAGACACUCGUUUCCAUUUUCUCAAGUUCUGCAUGUACUACAGAUUGCCCAGGAACUGACAGUCAGACAGCAGCUGAGGAUGUAAACGAUGAACCGCAGCACUCUUUGGAUUCCUAUGAGGAAAUUGUAUUGAAUGUAGAAGAGAUCAGAGAUGACGGGGAAUCCAUCCCUGUGAUUCCACCUGAUAAGGAUGGACCGUCUUGUGGGAUCAAGCUAAGAAGAGGAAGAGGACUGAGAAAUUUUCUGAGGGAGAUAAUGCCUAGACUUGUUUCUCUUUCACGGCAUGAGAUAUGCGAUGAUUUGCAUGCUAUAGGUUACGAGCCCCGGAAAACUCGAUCUAGGAAAACUUUUGGGGCUCAAGGUUCAUCUUCAACUAGAGGAAGGCCGCCCAAACAUCGUCCCACUGCCAGGAAAUGAUCAACAGCAUUUCAAGUUCAUACUAGGAUGCCACGAGACGAGCAAUUCAGAAGAUGAAAUAUAAUUUUAACCUUGUGAAUAUUCAUGUGUGUUGUGCGCAUCUUCAAACUCGGUUUGUUACUAGUCACUAAAUUGAGGAUAUUUUCUUUAUUCCUUUUACCUCUUGGGAGUGCUGUGGGCCGUUAGCUUCAAAUUUGAGUUCAGCAUUGGCAAUGAAGGCAUAGUCAUACCAUUAUAAAAUCUCAGAAUUUUGAUCUUUUAA